AUGGAAGAUCUGUGGACGUAUAACAGUUUUGGCGUAAUUGACAACAAUAAGCGCCCACUGGAAGAUGGAGAUGACCCUGCAGCGAGAAAGACGGCGAAACCAUUAGAGCUCCAUGAGAAAGAAGAAACUGUGAAGGGUCUGCAUGAUCUUUCUCUUGCCCAAACUGAGCAACCAGAUGACAAGAAUCGUGGACGCUGUCAUUCAGAGUCAAAUCCACUCAUUUACCAGCUUGGGCGUGACAUAUCAAUCAACUGUCUCCUUCACUGCUCAAGGUCUGACUAUGGCACAAUAGCAGCAUUGAAUAAAGCAUUCCGGUCUCUCAUUCAAAGCGGAGAACUUUACAGGCUGAGGCGGGGUAUGGGUAUCGUUGAACAUUGGGUUUACUUCUCGUGCAACCUGCUGGAAUGGGAGGCAUUUGAUCCAAUUCGCCACAGAUGGAUGCAUUUGCCGCGAAUGGCUUCAAAUGAAUGCUUCAUGUGUUCAGAUAAGGAGUCGUUGGCCGUUGGUACCGAACUGCUUGUUUUUGGAAAGGAAAUAACUUCCCAUGUUAUUUAUAGGUAUAGUAUCUUGACCAACACGUGGUCAUCUGGCAUGAGUAUGAAUGCACCAAGGUGCUUGUUUGGAUCAGCCAGCCUAGGGGAAAUUGCUAUCUUAGCUGGCGGUUGUGAUCCAAGUGGCAAUAUUCUGAGCUCAGCUGAGCUCUACAAUUCAAUAACGGGCACGUGGGUGACUAUCCCAAGCAUGAAUAAGCCAAGGAAAAUGUGCUCUGGGGUUUUUAUGGAUGGGAAGUUUUAUGUUAUUGGUGGGAUUGGGACACAGACCCCAAAUACACUUACCUGCGGGGAGGUGUAUGAUUUAAAGAUGAGGACAUGGACUGUGAUAGAGAACAUGGUCCCACCACAAAAUGGAGGGGCUGGGGUAACGGCAUCUGCUGCGUCUGGGGCACCACCUUUGAUUGCUGUUGUGAAAAAUGAGCUGUAUACAGCUGAUUAUGCGCGGCAGCAGGUGAGGAAAUAUGACAAGAGGAGGAAUGCGUGGAUCACACUUGGGAGAUUGCCUGAGCGGGCAGAUUCAAUGAAUGGAUGGGGUUUAGCUUUCAAAGCAUGUGGAGACAUGCUCAUUGUUGUUGGUGGACCAAGGAAUUUAGGUGGAGGCAUGAUUGAGCUCAAUGCUUGGGUUCCAGGUGAAGGUCCUCCAGAGUGGAACUUGCUUGGAGCAAAGCCCUCUGGCAGUUUUGUGUACAAUUGUGCAGUGAUGGGAUGCUGAAGUGCUAGCUUUGGUUAUACAGCUGAUUAGAAUUUCCAACAGUCACAGUUCAAGUAGAUGGGGUUCCGGACUGUGGGUAAUAUCCGUUUCCUUUUUGGGAAAUUUCAGGUUUAAUAUAGAAUCGUAUACACAGCUUUAGAAGGGGGUCUGGAGGUUUCUUGCCUUUUAAUUUUCUCUUGUUUAUGUUGUUGAGUCUUUUCUUUUUUUCUUGGGGUGGGGGGGAAGUUAUGAAAGCUUUUCAAAGGUUGGAAAUAUGUAGAACAGGCACAGGUCAAUAAAUGAAAGUCUGGGUAAAUUUUAGUUGUUUUAAAUACUUUUGGAAAGUUUAGCUUAGCAUCCUAUAAAUACUGCAACAAUUCUCAUAAUUCUCGGUUGUUUUUAUUAUAAGAAAAUUAAAAGAAGCUGUCUGCAUUCCCUCCUUAGAAGGGAUAAAACUUCAAAUUUUUCUUUUCCAACACGCAACGACUGUGUCAAUCAUAUCUAAGAUAUCUGUUUCAUUUUCUCUCUGUCAUAUUACAUUCCCUGUAACUUAAUCUGCUUUUAAUCUAAAUUGAAACAGUGGCAUUCUUUCUCUGUUAGAAUUGGUGGCUGUGUCUGAUAUUUGUCUACCUUAUUUCUUCAACAUUUUUGUUGAGUUAACAAGGGCAUAGGUUCCCAAAAUUGUAGCUUGCUAAAGUUAGUAAUUUGUAGGAAAGUUCUAAGGCAAGGCUGGCACUUCCUAUAGAGGAGUUUAGUGGCAUAUGCCUUAAAGUAUAAGCUCAGCCUCGUCUUUUUACCCCCUAACUUCAGGACUAAAAUAUAGUUGAAAAUAAUAAAGGAGGAAGGAAGUUUCUAUCAACUGAAAUGAAAUAGGCUGACAUCCUUGAUUCGUAUUAGGAUCAUAAAAAAGUGGAAGUACCAAAAUUGGAUGAGUAUGGUUCACUAAGUACAUAUAUUGGAAAGAUGAGUGUAUUGAGUUCACCUCUGACUGUUCCUUGGCUCUUGUUAUGUGCAACUAUGGGCAGUGCCAGUCCAUAAUCUUCAUAAGAUUGAGGCAGUUUCAAACUGCCUUGCCUCAAGGCUAAUCUCAGAA